GAACAGGUUCGAAGUCGAGUCCACCAUCAUGGAAGAUCAUCAGGACCAGGACACUUCUGCCCAGCCUGAACCUGAUGGGCAACAUCAUGAGGAGUCCGCAUCCGUCAGCAUCCUCGUUCGUGGAGGAUAUCCCAUUGAGCCAGAGAAUUUAUUCGCUCUCACGACGAGGCUAGCUUCCGACCGUCUUGCAAAAGGCGUGCCAACCACCACGCCCGCCAGCAUGGAAGAUCGACCCGUGAUGCUAGAACUUAUGGACGAUCUCUUCCUCCAUUUUCCGGACCUGGAUUGUUCGGUCGUUGCGAACCCCGCCGUUCCCAGGAAAUGGACAUACUUCAUAGCGACUGACCAAGGUCGCUAUGUGUCGAUCCCCUGCGGAGAGUAUCGUGAUAUGGUACGGACGCAGGAUUUUUGGAAUCCCGCAGUCGAGUUGCAUCUACAAGAGACGAUUGCCGACUUGGAGAUCAGAGACUUGCUGACAACGAAGAUCGGCGCGAAGCUGCACCCUUUCCGUACUGUCUUUUGGGAUUGAAGGUUGUAGCGCCGGCGCUUGAGUACAAUUCGACUCGAUCAAGGUGCAUGUUCAACCUCGUGAACUGGCGUCGCUAGGCUCGUGUACACGAUCGACAUGUGCGAAUCCAGUCCAUACGACGAAUGGUCAUAAACCCAAGGCGCGCCACG